AUGCUCGCCGGGCUCCUCAAGCUCCUCCUCAUCUCGCUCAACAUCCGCUCGUCGUUCAAGGCGCUCCGCCCCGCGCAGCGCAAGGCGCGCGGCUCGGCUCGUGGCGUGCCGGCGCGCGAGGGGCGCACCGAGCGCAGCAGGCGCAGGGCGGUGCGGGACGAGGUGGCCAACUGGGUCGUACUCGUGUGCGUCCUCCUCGUCGAGAAGGCGGCCGACAAGACGGUCGCGUGGGUCGUUCCCCUGUACGGCACGCUCAAGUGCUUCGUGUUCGCGACCGUCGUGUGCUGGCGAGGCCCAGGCUCGCUCUUCGUGUACGACAAGGUGCUGCGGCCACUCGUGCGGCCGUACGAGCGCCCGCUCGACGCCGUCGGGUUCGUCGCAGGCGAGGUCCUCGACAUCCUCGUCGCGGCCGUCCUCUUCAUGCCGCGGUGGGCGGCGGGCAAGCUCCGGGCCCGUCGCGCCGAGCCUGACGUCCCCGCCAUCCUGCGCGGCCUGCGCGACCUGCACCAGCCGCGCCUCGCCCAGUCGCUCGCCGACUCGAUCGAGCGCUCGAGGGGCGACACCGACGCCAUCAGCGCCAGGCUGUCGCGCCCUGUGAUCGAGGCGCCGGCAGCGGGGGCGGGGGCGGGGGUGGCGAGGGUCAGGGUGCAGCAGGUGCCGUUCCGGCCGGCGAGGGCGCCGGCGCCGGCGCCGACGCAGGAGCAGCGAGGUGCGGCGCGCGACAAGGUGGACGAGGGCCCGCGCCCGGCCGUCACGUCGACGGCGCCGUUCCGCCCCGUCGUUGUCGUUCCCCCCUCAACCUCGACCUUGGCCGCGACCGCGACGAGGCCAGCCGGUCUCGCUCGCCCGCUCGGCCGCACCCGCACGCCGGCCGCGCGUCCUUCGUCCUCCCUCGCCGCUCCUGUCGCCCACGCGCCCGCACCCGCACCCGCACCCGCACCCGCACCGGGACCGUCCACCAGCACGGGCCCGUCGCGCCUCCCCGUCCCGCGCACCUCUGCCGCCGCUCGCCCUCCCGUCGAGGCCGCCGCCUCGAGCCGCUCCCCCGCAGCAGCACCAGCAGCAGCGUCGGCGUCGCUGUAUCCCUCGCUCGCGGGCUUGACGGCCCCGCUCGCGCCGCCGACACCCUACGUCCCCUCCGCGCCCACACCCGCACCCGCACCCGUACCCGCCGCCGCCGCGCCGCCGCACGAGCCCGCAGCCCCGCCGCCGCCGCGCGCGACGGCGGCCGAGCGCAAGGGCAAGGCGCGCGCACAUGCGCUCGACGAGCCUGCUGGGCCGGCGGCGAAGCGGGUGAGGAGGUCUGGGGCGCGCGGGCCGGGCCGCCAGGAGGAGGAGGAGGUGGUGGAGGAGGAGGGGGAGGAGGGAGGGGGAGCGGUCGAGGUGGAGGUGGACGCGCCGCCGUCGGCCAGGAGGAGGAGCGCUGCGGCAGGGGGGACGCCGCGCUCGGCGCGCCGAGGCCGGGUGCACGAGCGAGAGGAGCAGCAAGAGCAGGAGCAAGCGCACGAGCCCCUCCCGCCGCCAACGCCCGCUCCUCCAGGCGCGUUCGGUGCCCUCGGCCCCUCGUCGUCGUCGUCGUCGCCUGUCGUUGCGCGCACGCCGACCAAGCGCACGAGGGCGCAGCGCGAGGCGCUCGAGGACGACGGCGAGGAGCGCGAGGUGGAGCGCGACACGCCGCGCCGCCGCAGCGCGCGGCACAGCGCGGGCACGAGCACGGGCACGAGCAGUGCGCCGCCGCUGCCUGCGACGGCGAGGCCGACGACGGCGACCCCCCGCAAGCGCGCCCGUGCCGCGCCGUCGGCGCCCGAGCCCGAUCCCGUCACCGCCACCGCCGCCGCCGCCGACGAGCCUGUCGCGAGCCCGCCGCAGCUCAAGAAGCUCAAGCCCUCGGCGUCGUCCUCCAAGCGCUCCACCACGACCGCGACCGCCACCUCGUCGGCCGCCCUCACGCCCGCCCUGACGCCCGCCGCCGCCGCCGCCACGCCGCGCGCGCGCGCCCUGGGCGCCAUCGCGCAGCUGUCGCACGACCUGCUCGGCUCGCCUCCCAGCUCGGGGUCCGGGUCCGACGACGAGGUGCGGCUCGGCGGACCGUCGUCGUCGAGGAGCAUGGGUCGGGGCAAGGGCAAGGGCACGGGCAAGGGCAAGGCGCCCCUCCGGGGCGUGUUGAGCCGCAGCAGCGUGCUCGGGCGCAGCUUGGCCGCGAGCAGCGGCGGCGGCGCGACAGCGUUGACGAGGCCGGCGCGCGCGACGCGCAGCAGGGCGGCGGCGAGGGGUGCGAGCGGCGAGGACGAGGACGAGGACGAGGACGAGAUUGGCGCGCCGGUGCCGCGCGGGCGCAAGGGGGCCGUGCGCGGUGCUGAGCCGGGGCGCGAGCGGGCUCUGCAGCAGGGCAGCGGCGUGUCCCGCUCGACGGCGGCGGGCAAGGCAGGCCGAGCGCGCGUCGUGCCCGCCCCGGCUGCAUCCCGCUCGCGCGCCCCCGCAGCUGCGCCCGACGCGCCAACCCCUCCCGCCGCCGCACCCGCCGCGCCAGAGCGCCCGCCGCCGCCGCGUCGCGCGCGCCGCGUCCUGCUCGGGCGCGCGGGCGCGGCCCUGCCCGAGGACGACGAGGACGAGGUCGACGGCGUGAGCGUCGUGCGGCGCCGAGGAGGAGGAGGUGGGGCGGGAGGGGCGGCCGGUGCGGGUGGGCGGACGAGGGGUGGGCGGUGA